AUGGCGGAGUUGGAGGAGGUGAAGCUGGGCUCUUCGAAGCCGAUGAUAGCGACGCAGGAGGAGAUGGUAGAGGCGAAGGUUCCGAUACCCUACCGCGAUCAGUGUGCCCACCUCUUGAUUCCCCUCAACAAAUGCCGGUCUGCCGAAUUCUUCCUCCCCUGGAAGUGCGAGAGCGAGCGCCAUACCUAUGAGAAAUGCGAGUACGAGCUUGUGAUGGAGAGGCUCCUCCAGAUGCAGAAGAUCCGUGAACGGGAGGAGAGGCUAAAGCAGAAGCAGAAACAGCCGGCCGAUGUCCCUCUCAUCCCCUCAACGGCCAAUGCCUAG